AUGAGCUACAGCCAUCCUCUUCCUAAUAUGAAGGGAAUGACUUCGCUUUAGGUAGACAACCUGGCAAACUGCACUUCAUCCCGAACCCUAAAGUGUUUAUUUGAAGAUUAAGGGCCUGUUGGUGAUGUAUACAUCGCCCCAAAUCACUUAACCAAAGAGUGUUACUGCUUUGCCUUCAUCCAUUUCCUCAACAAACGUGACGCUAAGGAUGCCAUGGAUGCCUUAAAUGGGAUUUUACUGGAUGGCUGCAAACUACAGGUGCAAAUGUUGCACAAUGAUGACCCACGGUAUACUCAACCUGACUGUGCCCAGGGAGCGCAACACCAAUACGAGGAAGACAACCAUGAAUCCCAGAGCUACAGUGAAAGAGACUGUACUCCCACUACCAGGAUCCAAUCGACAUCUCACAGCAGAUCUUCUCCAGACGACUCACAAUCUGGAACUCAUUCUCAUUAUUUGAACAGGAGACUGUCAUCAACCAAACGAUCCAAGUCCAAGUCACCAAUGUCCAGUCAGCAGCUGCCAGACAAGUCCCGUUCAAGGUCUAGAAAUCUUCUCCGAGCAAAAGGGAAGAAAUCUAAAUCUAGAUCCUCACAUAAGCACCCAUCAAAGUUUCCAGAAGGAGGAGGUAGACUUCUAGGAGAAGAAAUUAUGGGAAACAACCAGAGGCAAGUAGAAAAUGCUGGAUCUAAUUCUAUGUUUAAAAGACCACAUAUAUCAAAAGGAAAUCCAAAUGACACAUUGAUGGAAGUUACAUCUACCAGAAUUCAGACAAGAAGAAGACACAGAACUCCAGAUAAUUGGAGAGAAAAACCAUGGAUGAAAAGAGAACGAAUGGAAUAUAACCAGAGUCAAAGGAAAUAUCCACAAUCUGAAUCAAUUUUGGCACAACUGUGUGAAUCUAAAGAAGAUGAACCUGAAAUAGUGAGGGGAUACAAUAGACUGCAGAAAAGAACAAGCAGGAAUCCCGGACUUCCAAAAGUCAACGACUGGAAUAGAUUUGAAGUAAAACCUUCAGAUGUUGUUCCUAGUGGUGAAUCUGAAGGAGGCCGGCAUAACUCCUUUCAACAACCUGAGGAAAGGACACAAAAUGAGAUAGUCGAGUGUGGAUUUUGGAAAACAAAGUAUCAGAGUAACACAAGCAGUGAUAUCAGUGGAGGGAUGAGAUCUACUUUUAAUAACUUAAAUCCACAAAAUGACGAUGCAUCACUUUCAGGACUUAGAUGUCAUGGCAAUAGUAGAAACAGCCAGAAGCAAAAAGACCAUCGUCAACCUAAGACAACCUUUAUACCAGUAGAAGAUAUAACUGAAAUUUUAAUGAAUGACACAUUGACUCGAGAUAGAAAAUAUUCCAAAAGUGAGAAUCCAGAUGUUGUGAUAGUUAGAGACGUGACUGAAAGUAAGCUACCUCAACCUACUCAGUGUGUGGAUUUAGUGGAAGCUAAUCAUAGCGAAUCAAAUGAAUCUUCUUCAUAUCCUGAAUUUGAUAAGAAUUUUCUGUUGUAUAGACUUCAGCCGUGUUUUCCAUUGUGUGGUGAUUUCAACACAAUUAAGACACCAAGAAGUUCUUUGUCAUCUUCUCCAACAACAGAACAUACAGAGAACACAGCUCAUGGAAGUCAGUCUACAUCUGUAAAAUCAACUGAAAAAGAAUACACAAAUAUCACUUCACAUUCUGGUCAGACAGAUAUGCAGAAUUCCAAAAUAUUUUCUGUUGCUCAACCUUCAAAUACUGAUUUAGAUUCUACAGCUAUAGCUCCCUAUGGAACAUCAGGGCAAAUCAUUAAAGAAGAUUUUGAAGAAGAACGUGAUAAUUUCAUUGACAUUAAUUUAGAAGCUUGUGACCCAUUUUCAAGUGAAAAUAAUAGAAGAGUUCACUCUGGUGACAGUAAUUCUAGUACAAUUUGUCCUUUGGAUUCAUUGUCAAGACACAAUCAACAGGUUUUGCCUAUACCUAUGAUACAAGGAAGCAGCAUUUUCAUCAAUAGAAAUUUACCAGCUGUAUUCCAAUUUAAUGAAUACAGUAAUGAACCAAUUUUAUACCCUUACUCACUAUUUGAGACUACACAAACACAAUUUUCAAACGCGGAAGAAUCUGAUGAUAGUGAUUCUUGGCCAACUUUGCCCGAUUUUACCAACUUCAAUAACAUUAAUAAUAACUAUCCUAAAGGACUUACCAAAGAACAGAUUGAAACUUUACCUAUAAGAGCUUUUAGUGAAAAUGAUACAUUACGUGCCUGCAGUAUUUGUCUUACAGAAUACACAGAAGGCAGUAAGAUUCGAAUGCUAACUUGCUCUCAUGAAUAUCAUGAUGAAUGCAUUGAUCCCUGGCUAUCUGAAAGCUCUACCUGUCCUAUUUGCCGCAGACAAAUUAUAAAUCCUGUUGAUACAGAAAUUCUAUUCUGAGUACUUGACCUUAGACAAGUAAAUUGUUAUA